GUUUUAUAAAAAUAUUUUAGAUAAAUUUGGUAGAAACUUUUGAUAUUGUUCAAAUUGUCGGUGAAGGCUGGUUUGGAAAAAUUUUGUUGGUUGAACAUCGCGGAACUGACAACGAAAUGGUUUUGAAAUCUUUACCAAAAAAUUAUACGGCUGUAAAAGACUUUUAUCGAGAAUUUCAUUACAGUUACCAUUUAAGUGCCCAUCGUAAUAUUGUUUCAACGUUUGAUGUAGCUUUUCAAACAGCUAGUUUUUACGUAUUUGCUCAGGAGUAUGCACCUCUAGGUGAUCUAACAUCUAAUAUAUCGGACAAUGGAAUAGGUGAAUUACACAGUAAAUCAGUAGCAAAACAGCUAGUUUCUGCAAUUCAAUACAUCCAUAGUUAUGAUUUGGUACAUAGAGAUAUAAAAUUGGAUAAUAUUUUGGUUUUUAAAAGUGACUUUUCAAGAAUUAAGUUGUGUGAUUUUGGAGAAACUAGAAAAAAUGGCAGUUGGGUCACUCGUCGUAACGAAUGGAUUCCAUAUAUGCCCCCUGAAAUUUUAGUUAUAGACACAGAACAUAAAUAUAAGGUAGAUACUUCCCAUGAUGUUUGGCAAUUUGCUGUAGUAUUAUUUGUUUGUUUAACUGGUUGCUUACCGUGGCAAAAAGCCAGUUCUGAAGAUCCUAGAUUUGUAAGUUAUGUUUACUGGUUAACAAGUAAUGGUAUAAUGAGUCCAUUUAGAAGACCCAAGUUGUUUAAGCUUUUAACGUCAAAUGCUCAAAGAAUGUUUCGAAAAUUUCUUCAGCCAAACAUUUUAACUAGGCCAAAUCUUUUGGACGAAGUGCAAAACUUCUUAGAUGAACGAUGGCUUUCCAAGUAUAUGUUAGACAAAACUAAACUUUCAGAUGACAUUGAUGAACUUAGUCCAUCAUUAUACAGCUUUCAAAUGGAUCAUGAAGAAAAUAAGAAUUUUUUAGUGGCUUUUGGUAAUUGUGGAAUAGAGACAGGAGUAAUAGAUAAAGCAGCUAAAAAGGAACGUAUUAAACAAUGGAUUCAAUCAAGUGUAAUUGAAGAAGAAGAUGAAGAUGAAUCCAGCGAGGAAAAUAGUAGGUUAAGCAUAUCGUGUAGAAGUAGCAGUAAUGCAGAAGAUAAUGAAAUAUAUGCUUUGACUAAACGUGACAUAAAUUAAAAUUAAAUUUUACUAAAGCCAGUAAUAUUGGGUCACAUAUCACUUUCUUAAAAAAACACUUAAGAAAGUAGUAAUGCAUUAUACAUUAUUAUUUAUUGAUGCAUAAAAAAUGUUCUAUAUAAAAACAGUUCAGCUCAGAACUAUAUUGAUUAAUUUAUUUUUAAAAGAACAGUUUCUAUUUAUAUAUAUAAUAAACAGGGCCUUGACUUUGGUGGUUAUUGGCCAACAAUUAGUUUUACAUAAUAAAUAAAUGUCAACAUAGUAAUAUUUAUUAAUAUAAUAUAUAUAUAUUAUAACACUAUGUAAUUAAAAGACUGCAAUUAGUUUAUAUAAGCAAUAUGUAAGCAAAUUUUGGAUGCUAAGUCUAAAUUUUUUUUAACUUUGACCUCUAAUGCUACAUGUUUCUUUUUAUAGUUAAAUUUAAUUUUUCUUAUCAAAACUAAAUUUUGCUCAAUAAAAUAAAGUUUUGUGCAAUAGAUACAAAUUAU